AUGACUGGCCGUAGAUGUGCCUGCACCGCAUCAACACCAACACGAGAUCCAGGCUCCACCACCGGCGAGACCUUCUCCGACACACCACCCUGUCUUCCGGUACGGGAGCAAAGUUCAACCAUUGACGGUCAUGCAGUUGUCAACACAUCUUUCCCCUCUCACAGAUCCCUCAUCACCGCCGGCGUGGGAGCCAAGCUCCUCCACCACUGCCGAAAAUAUCUCCGAAAAUCCAUCUUGACUGCCUACGUGGGGGCUGUGCUCAACCACCGCCAGAAGAACCUCCGAGAAGCCAUCUUGGAUGCGGAGUCCCAUCAUCAGAGGACCAAACGCUCUCUUAACUUCCUAAGCUCUAGAUCAACCGAUCCCGCUGGUGAUUCGGUGCACACUUUGGUCGAUACUGAUAUUGUUUUCCUCAUCCCUGAUGAUAGUACUAAUGCAUCAAAAGUGAGCGCUUCAUCCAUUGCGGUUCAUCCAAAGAUGAAACCAAUGUCAUUAGACAUCCUGAUCAUUUUCCUACUCUUCCUCUUCUCACUGAAAUGCAACGCAAAAACAGAAGCAGAAGCACUUCUGACAUGGAAGUCUAGCUUGUUCAAUAUUCCUCAAUCUCUGAACUCAUGGAGCCUGACCAACGCCACCAACCACUGCCAUUGGUUUGGCAUCACCUGCAACUCGGCUGGUGGCAUAGUUGAGCUCAACUUGCCAAACUGCAGCCUUAGUGGCACUCUUGACGAGCUAGACUUUACCUCUCUAUCAAAUCUCACCAAACUGAACCUCAGCAAAAACAUGCUGUUUGGUUCAAUCCCUCAAAAGUUCUCCGCUCUCUCCAAGCUCAUUUCACUGGAAAUGGGCUACAAUCAUUUCGAAACUUCAAACUUCUCCGAGUUCAAAACAAUGCCAACAUUGACAUACCUUUCACUCCGAUCAAACAACUUUCCGGUAAUGGAAUUCCCAUCCUUCAUACUCAACUGCACCAAUCUAACUGUCCUUGAUCUAUCAGUUAAUGAGUUCAAGGGAACAAUACCUGAUUCCCUUGGAACCAAUCUGGUUAAACUUCAGUACCUGAAUCUCUCCUUCAACUCAUUCUCUGGGUUGAUACCUUCAAGUAUACACAAUCUUGUUCAUCUUCAAAAAAUGAUCCUCAUUCAUAACCAAUUAAGCGGCCUUAUCCCUGCGGAGAUAGGAAACAUGACUUCACUAGAGCAGUUAGACAUGAACGGUAACUCUUUGGAGGGGACGCUACCAAGCACCAUGUCCCAGCUUGAGAACCUAAUGUAUCUAGAUUUAUCCUACAAUUACAAUUUAACUGGUAGCAUCCCUACGGGUCUUGGCAAGGGGGGUCUACUCCAUUUUGCCAACUUCUCAGGCAACGGGUUCUCUGGGGAGCUGCCGGAGUCUCUGUGUAGUGGAUUCAAGCUAGAGUACCUUGAUGUGGGCUAUAAUAACUUCGAUGGAGCACUGCCAUCUUGGUUGCGCAACUGCACCGAAUUAAAACAAAUAGUUUUGAGUGGCAACUAUUUCAGUGGGAGCCUGCCAACGGACUGGGGACACUGCACCAGCUUGACGUCCUUCAUUAUUGAUGCCAAUAAUAUAUCUGGUGUGAUUCCAAAGGAAUUUGGUAACAUGACAAGCCUGCACUACCUCAGCUUAGCUUCAAACUCCCUGAUAGGGGUGAUUCCAAAGGAACUUGGUAACUUGACAAGCCUGCAACAGCUGAGCUUAGAUUUGAACUUCCUGACAGGGGAGAUUCCAAAGGAAUUUGGCAACAUGACAAGCCUGCAACACAUGAACUUGGCUUCAAACUCUCUGACAGGGGAGAUUCCGAAGGAGUUGGGUAACAUGACAAGUCUUCAAGAGCUGAGCUUAGCUUCAAACUCUCUGACAGGGGAGAUUCCAAAGGAGUUGGGUAGUAUGACAAGCCUUCAAGACCUGAGCUUUGUUAAGAUAAUGAUUUAUCAAGCUUAG